AUGUCUGCUAUCAGACAUCGACCUCUGGCAAAUGGCCCCAACGAGAGCGACGACAACUUUUCCGAUGACGAGAGCACACCGCUGACGCACGACAUCUAUGGAGGAAGUCAGCGCACCGUGCAGGAGACGAAAGGAUGGGACGUCUUCCGGGAUCCACCAAUCAAGGAGGAUACGGGCUCGAUGGCCGACCAGGCCUGCCUCGAUCUGACGAUCAAGAUCCUGAAGAUCUUCGCCUACCUUAUCACGUUCGUGAUCGUGCUGGUGGGCGGCGUGGUGGCGAAGGGAUGCGUACUGUUCAUGUCGUCGCAGUUGCGGCGCGACCGGAAGAUCACCUACUGCAACCGGGACUUGGCGCGCGAUAAGUCGUUCGUGGUCUCGCUGCCCGAGGAGGAGCGGAUAGCGUGGAUGUGGGCGCUGAUGAUCGCGUUCGCCGUGCCCGAGAUCGGCACGUUCAUCCGGUCGACGCGUAUCUGCUUCUUCAAGUCGAUGAAGAAACCGCUCAAGUCGCACUUUCUGCUCGUCUUCCUGAUGGAGUCGUUCCACACCAUUGGGCUGGUGCUGCUGUUCUUCGUCGUGCUGCCGGAGGUGGACUCGGUGAAGGGAGCCAUGUUGACGAACUGCUUGUGUGUUAUACCAGGUAUGUUGGGAUUAUUCUCCCGCACCAACAAGGAAGGCCAGCGGGCGGUCAAAUCGAUCGUAGACCUCGCUGCCAUUGCCGCGCAAAUCACCGGCUUUGUCGUGUGGCCACUGCUGGAAAACCGUCCCGUCCUCUGGUUGAUCCCCGUGUCGGCCCUGCUGACGUCGUGCGGCUGGUGGGAAAACUAUGUGUCCCCGCAGAGUCCGUUCUCGUUCGUUCGCUCGCUCGGCCGCGUCAAGGAGGAUCUCAAGCAGACGCGCUACUUCACCUACAUGUUCCUGUCCGUGUGGAAGAUCCUUCUGCUGUUCUGCUUUGUGCUGGGAAUCCUCUUCGUUCGAGGGGAUGAGGUGGCUAACCUAUUCUCCCUCUUCGGUGCCGGGUACGGACCGCACAAGAUCGUCGUGGAGGAGGUUGCCCUUCCGUUCAGUUCGGCCCUGCCCGAUCUGGUAGAGGCUGCCCAGGCCGUGGACACGGUUGACAUCGACGCGGCAUACAGCACGGUCACGUACGUGCUCAUCAUUCAGAUAUUGGCCGCUUACUUGUGCUACAUUUUCGGCAAGUUCGCCUGUAAGAUUCUGAUCCAAGGCUUCAGCUACGCGUUCCCCGUGAAUCUGACCGUUCCGGUCGCCAUUUCCCUACUGAUCGCCGCGUGCGGUAUCCGCAACGAUGAUCCGUGCUUCUUCCACGGCUCCAUCCCGGCCUAUCUGUUCUUCGAGAGCCCGCCAGUGUUCCGGCUGAGCGAUUUCGCGUCACGCCAGAUGGCCUGGGCCUGGCUGCUGUGGCUGCUGUCGCAGACCUGGAUAACGCUGCACAUCUGGACACCCAAGUGCGAACGUCUGGCCAACACGGAGAAGCUGUUCGUGACGCCGAUGUACAGCGCGCUGCUGAUCGAUCAAUCCAUGGCGAUGAACCGCCGAAGGGACGAUCAGGCCGAUGUGAAGACGGAAGAUUUGGCCGAAAUCGAGAAGGAGAAGGGUGACGAGUACUACGAGACCAUUUCGGUGCAUACGGACGGUUCGGCGCUGCCCCGGCCGAGCGUAAAGUCGUCGGACCAUAUCACUCGCAUCUACGCCUGCGCCACCCUCUGGCACGAAACGAAAGAGGAGAUGAUGGUGUUCCUGAAGUCUAUCAUGCGCAUGGACGAGGACCAGUGCGCCCGACGUGUGGCCCAGAAGUAUCUACGCAUCGUUGAUCCGGACUACUACGAGUUUGAAACUCACAUCUUCUUCGAUGACGCGUUCGAAAUAUCCGACCACAGCGACGACGACAUUCAGUGCAACCGGUUCGUGAAGAUCCUGAUCGACACCAUCGAUGAGGCCGCCUCGGAGGUGCACCAGACGAACAUUCGUCUGCGCCCGCCGAAGAAGUACCCAACGCCGUACGGUGGACGCUUGGUGUGGACACUGCCCGGCAAAACGAAGAUGAUCGCACAUCUGAAGGACAAGGAUCGCAUCCGGCACCGUAAGCGGUGGUCACAGGUGAUGUACAUGUACUAUCUGCUCGGACACCGGCUGAUGGAGCUACCGAUUUCCGUCGACCGGAAGGAGGUGAUGGCGGAGAAUACCUACCUGCUGACGCUGGACGGCGAUAUCGACUUCAAUCCGAGCGCGGUCACGCUGCUGGUCGAUCUGAUGAAGAAGAACAAGAACUUGGGCGCGGCUUGCGGUCGCAUUCAUCCGAUCGGGUCCGGACCGAUGGUGUGGUACCAGAAGUUCGAGUACGCUAUCGGCCAUUGGUUGCAGAAGGCGACGGAACAUAUGAUCGGUUGUGUACUUUGUAGCCCUGGUUGCUUCUCGCUGUUCAGAGGAAAAGGUUUGAUGGAUGAUAAUGUAAUGCGUAAGUACACGACACGAUCGGAUGAGGCUCGGCACUACGUGCAGUACGAUCAGGGAGAGGAUCGUUGGCUGUGUACGCUGCUGCUCCAGCGUGGCUACCGUGUCGAGUACUCGGCUGCCUCGGACGCCUACACCCACUGCCCGGAGGGUUUCAACGAGUUCUACAACCAACGUCGUCGCUGGGUACCGUCCACCAUCGCCAACAUCAUGGACCUGCUGAUGGACUACAAGCGCACGAUCAAGAUCAACGACAACAUCUCGCUGCUGUACAUCUUCUACCAGAUGAUGUUGAUGGGCGGUACCAUCCUCGGUCCGGGCACGAUUUUCCUCAUGUUGGUGGGUGCGUUCGUGGCCGCCUUCAAGAUCGACAACUGGACCUCGUUCUACUACAACAUCAUCCCGAUCCUCCUCUUCAUGCUGGUGUGUUUCACGUGCAAGUCGAACAUUCAGCUGCUGGUAGCACAGAUACUAUCCACCGUGUACGCACUGAUCAUGAUGGCGGUAAUCGUCGGUACGGCGCUGCAGCUCGGCGAGGACGGCAUCGGUUCACCGUCGGCCAUCUUCCUGAUAGCGAUGACAAGUUCAUUCUUCAUAGCAGCCUGCCUACAUCCGCAAGAGUUUUGGUGUAUCGCCUCCGGUAUCAUCUAUCUGCUCUCGAUUCCGUCCAUGUACCUCCUUCUCAUCCUGUACUCGAUCAUCAACCUUAACGUCGUCUCCUGGGGUACGCGCGAAGUCGUCGCCAAGAAGACGAAGAAAGAGCUCGAGCAGGAGAAAAAGGAUGCGGAGGAGGCCGCCAAACGGGUGAAGCAAAAGUCACUGCUCGGCUUCCUCCAGGGUAACGUCGGCAACGGUUCGGACGAGGAGGGUUCGAUCGACAUCUCGAUCGCGGGUCUGUUCCGCUGUCUGCUCUGCACGCACGGCAAGACGACGGACGAAAAGGCACAGCUGAUCCACAUCGCCGACGCACUGGAUGCGAUCACGAAGAAGAUCGAAAACCUGGAGAAGCACAUCGACCCGCACGGUCAUCACACGCGCAAGCGGACCGCUUCGGCCGGCUCGAAGGACCACCAUCUCGGUUCGGUGGCGGAGGACACGGAGGACGACGACGAGGAUGAGGAAUCGGAGACCUCUACGCUGCAGCGGGACGAGCGCGACUUCCUGACCAACCCGUACUGGAUAGAGGAUCCGGAUCUGAAGAAGGGCGAGGUGGACUUUAUCUCCAGCACCGAGAUUCAGUUCUGGAAGGACCUGAUCGAUCAGUACCUUUACCCGAUCGAUCAGAACAAGGAAGAGCAGGCACGUAUUGCGCACGAUCUCAAGGAGUUGCGCGACUCCGCCGUGUUUGGUUUCAUCAUGAUCAAUGCACUGUUCGUGCUGAUCGUCUUCUUGCUACAGCUCAACAAGGAUAACAUCCACGUCAAGUGGCCGUUGGGUGUUAAAACUAACAUAACCUAUGAUGAAGCCACGCAAGAGGUGACCAUCUCGAAGGAGUACCUCCAGCUGGAGCCGAUCGGUUUGGUGUUCGUGUUCUUCUUCGCGCUCAUUCUGAUCAUUCAGUUCGUGGCGAUGAUGUUCCAUCGAUUCGGUACGCUGUCCCACAUCCUGGCCUCAACCGAGCUCAACUGGGCCUGCAACAAGAAACCGGAGGAGCUGUCCCAGGAUGCGCUUAUAGAUAAGCACGCCGUUGAGAUAGUGAAAAAUCUACAACGAUUGCAAGGCAUUGAUGGGGACUACGAUAACGACUCCGGUAGCGGACCGGAUCGUAUCGCUCGCCGCCGGACGAUCCAAAAUCUGGAAAAGGCCCGACAACCCCGACGCCAGAUCGGAACGCUUGAUGUCGCCUUCAAGAAGCGCUUCCUCAAGCUGACGGCCGACGAGAACAACACGGCCACGCCGAUCCUCACGCGCCGGAUGACGAUGCGCCGCGAAACGAUCCGUGCGCUCGAGGUGCGCAAGAACUCCGUCAUGGCUGAGCGACGUAAAUCGCAGAUGCAAACGCUGGGCGCCAACAACGAGUACGGCAUCACCGGAGGUAACAAUAAUGGACCAGCCAGACCGACGCGUAUAUCGAAUGCCGGUGUCAGCGUAAAGGAUAUCUUCAACGUCAACGGUGGCCCCGGGGGCGACAUCUACGGUGUCACCGGCCAGGUGAACCAGGCGUACGAGCCCGUCAUAGAAGAUGACGAUGGCAACUCGCUACGGAUGCAGCCCCGAAACCAGGUCACCUGGGGUAAUAAUGGUAACGCACGGUUGUGAGCCUUGAUUCCGGAACGCAAAGCUACAGGCUGAAGCGAGAUCGAUCAGCGAGCGAUCAGGAACUGCAAUUGUUGUACGUGUGUGCGUGUGUAUGUGUGCAAAGUCAAGUACGGCGACUGCUACUACCUAACCUACGAACGAACGGGCGAGAAUGAGGAGCGAGCGAGUGAAGUGUGAUUUUGUGAAACAAUUAUUUAUAGACUCGAUAUAAACGUAAGGACACGCGCUGCAGCUACAACGCGGCGGAAAUUUAAGACCGCAGAAAAUAAUAAGCUGACAGCAAGAACGAAGAAGAGAAUGCCACUUUGUCACUGCCCAAUGAUUACCAUAGAGGUCAGCUUCUCUAGGUUCGAAGAAAAAGCAAAAAAAAAACAAACAAUCAAAAACGAACGCACAAGCGGUCUACAAACGUGCUGCCGUCGUAUAUUAUUAUCUGACAAC